AACGACUCGUUUUGGUCCAGCGCCUAACUUACACUUCCUCUACCCAACUUCCUUGUUUUAAGCAAUGAAGUAAAUGCUGUGUGUGAAUCACAUGAAUUAUAUUUAUUAAGUUAUCUUUUGCUGCUCACUGCCAAAGAGGCUUUGAAAGUGAAGAGUUCUUUACUGUUUGUAGGAUAUUCAUCCAAGCCUUCAUGCACUGAUUAUUCAUUAUCGGAAUGACCAAUACAAUACAGUGUUCUCUCAGUUAAUGAAUCAGUAACCUAGGGAAGUAACAAAAAACAGACUUCAGCAGUUUGCUCACAGCACUGCUGGAGAAAGUCACCAACUGAACAAUUACUCUCUAUGGCAUACGAAAUUGCUCAUUAAUUCUGAAUGUAAAACUUUGAACAAAGAUUGUACUACAGAAAGUAAGGAAUAAUAUCUGAAUACAACAUUCACCUGCGACCACCUGUAAAGUAACUUGGGUAUGUAGUCUAUUUAUCAUAAUUCAAUCAGCACUGCUAAAGCUUCCUCUGCAUUGUAGAUAAGAUUACUAAGCUCUUAUAGGUAAAAUUUGGGUAAAAUACAAUAUAUUUGUACGUCUUCAGAAGGAAGGUGAAAUAAAUUGGAAGUUGGAAUGAUCACUGAACUGUAAAUAGUUAGCAUGUUAACUAGGCUUAGCUAUAAAUAGAAUGGUUCAUAUUUUUAAUUAUUUAUAGAAAUUAGUCAUAUUUUCAUAACGAUUUAGUUCCUUCUUUGUCGUCAUUGUUGAAACUUACAUGUUUCUAUUCUCUGUGUUUCUAUUAGCAUAUCACCUUGAGAUGUAGUCUAUGUCCCUGUCACGCAGCUGAAACACCCUCAGGGCUGAGUGGUGUGUUUUGCUUAGUUAAUAAGUAGACAUAUGUAUAAACACUACACAGUAUUGGUAACAGGAAGUUACUACACCACAGGAAGUGCAGCCUUCCCACCUGGUCACUUUCACAAGCUCUAAAAAUCAAUCACCUGAAAAGUCCCAACAGCUCUACAUGCUUUGAGAUGAAUCAGAUGAAGAUGAAUAUGCCACUGUUCUACAUGUAACGGAUAUGCCGAAUUUUCAGCUUAUUAAAUGCCACUUUGUGUAGGAUCUUUGUUUGUGUGUUGAAGCAAAGCAAGGAAGAUGAGCUUGAGUCAGCAGCGAGUUCCUGGCUCGAGCACCGUGACUCUUCCAGCAUUACCUCAGGCACAGUCUAACUCCAGUGUCAAUGAUAUGAACAGUAUCUAUUCUGCAGUCAUUAAGGUGUUUCGAGGUGAAGGACUGCAAAUGAAUGAACUCUACUUCUUAAAUCAGAGCAUCAGGUGGCUUUUAAAAACAGAAAUGGGGUCAUUCAUUGAAGAGUAUUUCCAGAAUCAACUUCUGAAUAAAGGUCUUAGGUCUAUUUUGGAAGAGGUUCAACUAUAUGAAGGGGAAGAUCAGCUCUUUUUCUUGGCUGAUGUAUGGAUUAGAUUUUUCUCAGAAAUCCUGCCCACACUGCAGGCCAUUUUUUAUCCACUACAGGGUCAUGAGUUCACAGUAAGGCAAAUGGCCCUGCUAGCCUUCAGGGAUCUCGUCCUGAUGAGGCUUCCACUGGAGGAGCUGCUCCACACCAACCUUUCUCUGCUCCCCACAUCCAUUAGACAGAUGCUGUUAGUCCUGCAGGGAGUCCAUGAGCCCAGAGGCCCCUCAAUGGAAUAUUUUCGCCUUGAGAAAAUGCUGGAAAUGGUGGUUUCUCCCUAUCUGUGGAACUGCAAACACAAAAGCUAUGAAGAAGAAAUCAGAGAACGUAAACACCUGAUUCAACCUGAGAUAAGGAUCACACAGCAUAUUUCAGAGGUCUCUCUAUUGACUCCUUUAUUGGAGCAGGAGGGAGAGGGGCACAUGGAGAGAGGAAACAGCCUGCGGCGUCACUCUGUAUCUGAUGGCAGAUCUGUCAUCACUGACAUGCAGCUUCUCACUGUUACUAGUAGGAUGCAUUCUGGGUCAGAGGAGGCAUGUGGGACUAAUGAUGAAAUGAGGAAAAAGGAUAAGAGGGAUCGCUCUCAAGUCAGUCCCACAUUUGAAAGCCAAAGUUGUUGAGACUGCUGGAUGUACUUACUUUCAAACUAAAACCUUAACCAUUCUGGAAAAGAUGAAUAAGGAGUGAGAUGGAUCUUGCAAAUUUAUUUUUCAUAUAUUAAAAAUGUAUGGUAUACUAGCCACACAAAAAUUAAAAGUAUCAAAAAUCAAUCAAAAGAAUAUUAUAAUCGGGAAAGUCAUUAAGAUGAAUUUUAGGCCAUGUCUUAGGUCAUUGUUGUCAGCAUUUUUAUAUAUAUGUUGGUACAUAUACAGUAGGUUGGUUCUUGAAGCUAGAUAUAAUCUCAUGUUCAACAUGUGACAUAAAACCAUAUUAAUUACAAAUACCAUAAAAUACAAAUAAGUACAAACAGA